GGGGGCUCCACGCCUGAUGCGCCACCCGCCGCCCACGGAGCAGCGCUUCGUCUUCGGCCCCGAGUCAAUAGUCCCGCCGACGCAAGCUCUGCGACCGCCGGCUCCACCUCCGCAGCCGCGAUGUCUGGCGAAAACAGCUUUGCCCUUGGAAGACAAAUUCGCCGUGCAAAGAGGCAGACGAAUUUCACGAUAUUGGCAUCUGCAGGGCCCAACAGACUCAAUCAGUGUUGAGGCGUUCAUAAAUAUUGUUAAUAUGAAAAUAUUUGCUUUGUUUAUUUGGUCACGUUCAAUUUAUUAUUGAGUGACAAGAUUUAACAUUGCAUUGUGAGUGUUAUCAAUCGCGGCAACAUGCUUCUUUGCCGUAUUGUGGGGUAUCGACCCUUCCUUUAUGCCACAGUUAGGGAUGACCAACGAGAUGAACGCCAACGAAGCGUAACCAAUUGGAAUUCUGAAGAACCCAAAUUUGAAGAAACCACAUUGUUAAUGAACAGAAAUGAUGUAACCGAUGAAAUUUUACCCCAGUUGGUAAGAAGACAACAUAUUACUGUCGAUAAACAGAAGACUAUUCAACGUCGCAAAUUUGUUAGUCACGGUCAAGGCAACCAUCUCACACAAGAUGUACUAUUCUUCUCGCAAGAGGCGGAUGGAAGGGAAGAAAAAACCUACCCUAGGCGAGUACGUCAUCCAUCAAUGUUACCUCAACAAAUAAAAAUCUACGCAAAUACAAAAAAUGGCUUGUAAGUAUCCUGGAUUCUGUAUUGUUGAGAAUUCUUUACGCGCCAGGGAUUCUUUCACACGUACAUAUUAU